CUGGCGACCUAGCCCAAGAGCACCCGCACAGUCAGCUUUGUGGAGCAGUUCCUGGCCUUAUUGCCACAGCAGAAACAAGAGACCAGAGAUGUUCUAGAAAUGCAUUUUGUUAACCCACAGGCUUUUGAAAUUUCUUUAUAUGUGCCAAGUGUAUUCGCCCUAAAAUGUGGUUUUGUCAAGAGUAACUAUCCUGGAGUAAUCUUGUCUCGCAAAAGAACAUAACCUGUAACCACGAGCACAUGCGGACCCUGUGUGUCAGUCAUAUAAUUGACUGACCAAUGUUUUGCAAUGUUCCAUGUUCGUGAUUUUUCCCCCCAUCACAGCAGUCGUACACUGCAAUAAUUAGCAAGAAUCAAUGGUACUGACUCAUAUUUUUAGAGCCAUAGCCACAAGAACUUCAUUGCCAGCUAAGUGAAAUUUGCAGGAGACACUUCUGCCUGACUGGGAGCUUCCAUAUCUUUUUGGUGCAAAACCAAGAUUGAGUAUUGUCUUGCCACUUUGCAGCCAAAUAUAGCAUUUUCAUUCAAAACACAUAUGGUCGCCGGACAUGCCUGGCCGUACUUAUCUUACCUUGCCCAGCAUACAUAUUGAAUCGUCAGUACAGUGUAAUCUUUAAGUAAUGCACUGCCAUCGUAACUAACAAUUGGCACUAUUUUUUCCCUCAAGAGCUGCCAGUAAUGGAAAAUCAGCUGGACCCAACCAGCCAGAGUAGAAGAUCCCCCUCCUAUUUGGAUCGUGUGCGUAGGGACUACCCAGCCCCACAAUACAACAGACGGACCCCAAUAAGAGGUGUGCAACGGCACAAUGAUAUGACAGUUGCAUAUCUUGAGUCGCGGUCGCAGCGGGAGUAUGAAGUUGACACCCGUCGCCUGCAGCUUGAGGAAAGGAGGCUGGAGCUGCAGAUAAAGCAGCACAGCGACAAGAUGCGGCUCAAGGAAGUGGAAAUGCAAGAGCGUCAAAUGGAGCGAGAGUCGCAAGCAGAACAGUGGCGCCAAGAAUUGAAGUUCCGCCAAAUUGAGCAAGAGGCCCUCGCAGAGGAGAGGCGCCUCAUGGCUGCUGAGCGCCAAGCCUACAUGCAGCAUCAACGAGUGCAGCUGGAAAUGCUGAACAAUUUAUUCAGUCAAAUAAAGAAAUAAUAAUGAAAAUAAUUAUCCACUAGACUGUAUCAUGAAGGUACAAGAGAAACCCAAUACUGGUUUCUUGCAAACUUCAUUCUGAUCCAGACAUCAAACCAGGGACAAACUUUCCAAAACAGUUGCUCUAUACUACCUCAGUUACCCAAGAGGCUGUCCAUUAGCAGAGCAUGAUAGACUUGAAUGAUAGUUUGAAAAGGGACAAAACAUGCACAUUUGAACUUUUUCCAGCAAAUAUAAAAGUAGUCUUUCAAUAAAGUAGUUCACUCAUCUGUGUUUAUGAAGGCACAACAUAGCAACCACAUCAAUACUGCUCGAGGUGCAACUUUUAUAACGUAGCUGCUGACGCCUCACAA